UUUUGUGGGGAAACGGAAAAUGCCGAUAAUAUCCGAGGUAGCAACGAAAUGGCGCUAGUUGGAAGAGGAAAGAGUUCUGUGGUUUUAUCGUCUGUUCCUCUACAGAUGCUGCUGUAUUUAAAUAUUAUAUAUUAUGUUUUUUAUUUCUUAGCUACCCUGCUUAUGAUCAUAUAUAAAAGCCAAGUAUUUAGUUAUCCAGGCAGCAACCUAGCUCUGGAUCUCUGCCUCCUGUUUCUCAUGGGGAUUCUCGAGCCAGUACGACUGUAUCUUGGCACACAAGGAAACCUGGCAGAAGAAGAGAUACCCUUGGGAUCCAGCCUCCUGGUUACAGUUGGGAACAUAUUCCUAGCCAUAUAUUUUCUAGUAUGGCAGACAUACAUUCUUAGAGCUGAUCUCAUCAUCAACAUCAUCUUGCUGGUCAUUUACGGCCUGGAAGUCAUCCUGGAGGUUCUGACCGUGGCAGCAUUCUUCCGCUAUUAGGAUAUUUUUGUUGAUUUUUUUUUUAUACUGUUUCUACUGAUCAAAAAGUUGUAUUUUUAUGUUUGUUGAUUGAGCUGGCAUCUGUUAACUGUUAUAUGUGGCCUUUCGUCACAUCACAAAUUCUUUCAAUGUUUGAGACAUAGCUUAAAAAUGUAUACUUUCUUGCCCUUCAAUUUAUAAAAUACAGGUAUGGGAUCACUUACCUGAAAACCUGCUAUCCAGAAAGGGCUAAGCACACUGCAUAGGGUUUCCACAUUUUUCAUGAAUAAUACUGGCCUUUGGGUUGGGCUGUGGCCAGUGAUGUCACUUGGGGGCAGGGCUAUAACAUCACGGGGCAGGGAAGUAGGCAGGGCAUAGGUGGGCCAGUGGAAAGGGUCAGGGAAGGGAGGGAUUUAUAAGAUAUUACAAAUUUACUGGCUAUUGCAUUGCCGGUAUUUCUAAUUCCAGCCCUGGCCCUAGCUGGUGAUUUAAAGGCUGGGCCAAUAAAAUACUGGCAAUCCAACACUGCAACACUCUGGACUCUGAGAAGCAAUACAGCAUGCCUCUUGGAUUGGAGGCUGUCUGGAAGUGCUCAUUCCAAAAGGGCUGGGCCAGGGAGGCUCACCCCCUUGUGUGUUUUACAGAUGAGCAAGCACUCUAGCACUUGUACCCCUGGGUAGAGUAAAUAACCCCUACUGUGUUUCUUCAGAUGUUUAUCUAAUGCUGAUUGAACAUUUUAGCUGGCUCUUUUUCAGCCAGGGCAAAAUUACCCAAAAUGAUCCCCUUGCCAUUUUUUGUUUAGGGUCAUUUCUGAACACUCAAGCAUUCAUAUCCCAAAACCACGUGGGAGUUCCCAAACUCUUGCGUGAUUCCUUCAUCUGAAUAGUACAAUUCGUGCAGGUUUUUCUUU